AUGCCGUUCCUUGGGAAAGACUGGCGUGGUCCUGGUGAAGCGUGGAUUAGAUCUUUUGAUGAAUACACAGAUGAAUGGAUUCCUCACUGCUUUGUUAAAACUGGAAAAUCGAAGGAAUUUGUUGGUUGUACGAGUAUGAGUGAAGCAUUUCACCGACUCGAUCUCGCUCGUGCUGUUAGAGAUAUUCGACGAUUCAAUUACAUUUGUAAGGUUGUACAAAUUUUGGUACAAGAAAAGAUAAAAAAUUUAAGUGCAACGGCUCGCCGAAAUCUUCUGUCGAUAAUUCAGGCUAUCGUUAUACAAAGCGUUGAAAAUGAUUUUCACAUAUCGACUGCUCGAUCAUUGGUGUCAGAUUUUGGUACGGGCUUAGAAGGUCAUCUAUAUGGAUCUCCAAAGCUGGUUUCGAAACAAAUGGGUACCGUAGAAGAUAUGUUAGAAAUAAUAGCUGAGCGAUGCCCUCGAACCUUGGCAGAUAGCGAUGAAGAAUCUACAACUUUUAUGGAUUUGCCUCGAGAAAUUCUUUCACAGAUUUUGAGGAAGCUACCUGACCAUACGUCAUUGUUAGAAAGUGCGAAAGCUCAUGAAGUGUUUAAUGCCAUAAUUGAAGGUGAAGCUCAGGUGUGGAAAUCGCUUUGCCACUUUCAUUUCACUCAAGAACAGAUUGCUUGUCACUGGAAUAACAAUAAACAUUCUUGGCGACAUACUUUCUUCGAACUUAAAAAAUAUUAUGGUUUACGAGAAUUUUAUGCUGAUCUCAUACAUUUAUGUUGCCACUGUAAAGCACUUUUUUGGAAGGAUCAUGGUCAUCCUUGUGUUUCUAAUGAUGCACCUUCAGUUCGAGUUACACCUCACCAGUUCAUUGAUAUGCUUCUUUUCAUGUAA